UGCAAGAUCAAACACGUCACUACUGUCAAGCCUGACCAGGCAAAACACGAAGACCAACGCAAUUCCCGCAAGAAUGUCUCACGCUUCACAGCAGAACCCGAAGUCGCUUAUCAAUCAAUUUUACCAAAGAGCCAAAGGCCCACAACCCCGCUAUGAUGCGGUUCCGGCGCCCAUUGAUGGUGCCGUUCAGCGUUUCGUCUGCUCGGUCACGCUGCCUGGGGUGACCGUCGAGGGAGAGACUAUGCCUGAACAGGUGUUCCAAGAGGAGGGGCGAAGCAAGAAGGCAGCAAUGGACGCCGCCGCCGCCACCGCCUUCGCCUUCCUGGCCGAGCAGCCCGCGUACGGCGCCACCAAGCCCUACGAGGAGUCGCUGGUGCGCACACUGGCGGCCCGGGUGCUCAGCCCGCAGGGCCUGUAUCGUGACCCCGAGGUGCACGGUGUGGCGGUGGCGGGCGCCGCCUACCACGACGGCUGGCUGCCGCUGAGUGGACUGGUGCACAGCCGCAUGCUGAGGGGCUGGGCCAAGGAGUACGGGCCGGGAGCGGGAGCGAGCGGCGGGGCCGAGACGGCGGGAGGCGCCGUCGCAGUCGACCCGGCACUGCUGGUGGACCUCAUGCGGCGGGAGCUGGCGGCGCAAGCGGCGGCCGAGGAGCCGUCGUCAGGCGGAGCCGGCAGGCCCGGCGGCGGCACCAGCACCAGCCAUGCCACUGGGCUGGCGGCGCUGGGCUUGGAGCUGGCGCCCAGCGGGCUGAGUGUGCGCCUGGCGGCGGAGGCGGCCGCCGCCGCGCCGCCCGGCAACCUCAGCGAGCAGAUGGAGGCGGAGGUGGUGGCGGCCGGCGGCGCGGCGGGCGUGGUGGUCAUACCUGCGGACAGCAGCCUGCCGCUGCGUGAGGAGCGGCUGUCGGUGCGCACCCCGCUGCUGGCCGGCGUGGCGGCACUGCUGGGCUGCCCCUCGCCCGCACACGUGCUGCAGUGGGGCCGAGUGGGGCACAAGGCCACAGUCGCACGCGACCCGCGGGGUGGCGGAGAGACGGAGGCGGCGGCGGAGGGGGCGGGCCAGGCUGGGGCGCCGGGCGCCGCACCCGGUCCAAUGGAGGCGACUGGUGAGGGCGGAGAGCCGGCACCCAUGGACGAAGGCGGCUCCUGGCGGCUGGCCGAGACGCUGAGCAGCGCCCCCGGCGGCCUCGUGCCGGCGCACCAGCCGCAGCCGCAGCCGCAGCCACAAAGCGGAGAGAACGAGACGCCCGCGCCUGGCACCGGCGCCGCAGGCGCAACUGGCACCGCCCUGGACACCAAUGCCGCUCCUGCGGCUGCUGGUCGUGUUGGCGGCGGCGGCGGCGGCGGCGCCAGCCAUGCAGCGGCGGCGGGCGAGAUGCGGCCGCCCGCGCCACGCCGCACCACGUCAGUCGGCUCGCAGCAGUCCAUCCAGCUGCAGCAGCCGCCGCGCCACGCGCAGCAGAAGAGCGCGGCGGCGGUGGAGGGCGGCGAGGGAGACAGCGCGGCGGUACGAAGCCCGGAGCCGUCCGUCUUCUCUGCGCCGGCCGCCGCGGCCGCGCCGCGGGCGCAGCAGCAGCAGCAACCACAGGGCAGCGCGUCAGGUGCCGCGCGGAGCGCAGGAGGUGGCGGCGGCGGUGGCGGCGUUACCACCAGUGGUGUCAGUGGGGGCGGCGGCGGCAGUGCGGCGGUGCCGUUGGGCCCUCCGGCUGUGACGGCUGUGGCGUACCGCGUGGACUCCACAUUGACACUGGCGGUGCACCGGGGGCCGGCGGCCAUGGACUGGGAUGCGGACGGCAACGAAGUGCGCGGGCCCGAGCGCGCCGACGUCUCCCCAACCACCAGCACCGCGCACCGGCAGGCUAACGCCGCCCACACCAGCGGCCACGCCGGCGCUGACAGCGCCACCCGGACGCAGCACCGCCACCCAGAGCACCACCACCACCACCACCACCCGCACCAGCACACGCAGCAGCCCGCGGCUGGUCCCACUUCACCUCUGGCCUCCGCCCCCACAAGCCCACGGCUGGAGGGCGGUGCCGCCGGCAUAGGUACCGGUGGCGGCGGCGGCGGCGGUGGCGGCGACGGUUCCUCCGUUCCGGCAGUACUGCACCCCACCUCCGUCACACUGCCCGAGCCCUCGCUCUACUCCCGCCUGCUGCUCCCGCCGCUGCCCGCACCCACGCCCGCCACCGCCACCGACACCGCCCGCGGCGACGACGCGCCCCUGCUCUACGACCCCUCCUCCGCUAUCCUCACCAUUGCUUUCGGACCAACCGCCGCCGCCGGGGCAGCCGCACCUGGCGGCGGCGGCGGAGCCGGCGGAGUCGUACUGCCGUGCCUAGCGAGCCAGCAGCUGAACGUACGUGCCACGUGGCUGGCGGGCCGGCCAGUGUACGGCGACGCGGUGGCGACCACGUGCCGCCAGAGCCCCACGCCGCACGUGCGCAAGAACCACCACGUGAUGAAGUGGCGGUCGUACGGCGCCGCGCAGUGGUGGGCCACGGCCGCCGCCGCCACGCCCGCCGCCGCCUACGUGCGCGCGCUGCACGCGCCGCUGCUGCUGCGGGGGCUGCCGCGGGAGUUCCGCGGCCCCUCCAGCUGGUUGGGCCCGCUGCCCCGCCAGCUGCUGGACGGCUACGUGGCCGCGCACCCACCGCCGCCAUGUGCAGGCGGGGGGGCGGGGGCGGCGACUGUGGCCGAGAUGGAGGCGGCGGCGCAGUACCGGGCGGCUGUGGGUGCCACUGUACAGAUUGACCUGGAGGUGCCAGAUGUGGACCUGCCGGGGGAGGGUGUGGCGGUGGUGAGGGGGACAAACUUCCUGGGUCUGCCGUACAAGGUGACUGCAGGCCCCGCCCCGCUGGACCUGGCGGUGCAGCAGGCGGCUCUGGCGGCGCUGCACCAGCUGCAGCGCCUGGACGCCACAUGCCUCAACACGGGGCCACGGCUGGCGCACCAGGCCCCGCAGCCGCCGGGGCAAGGGGCUGGCGUGGCGCGCAUGGAGGCCGAGGGCAGGGCUGCUGCAGGCGGAGUGGGGGCGCCUGGUGAGGCGCCCGAGGAGGAGGACGAGGUGGAGGAGGUGGAGGUGGAGGGGGCUGCGGGUGUGCAGGUGCUGGAGGAGGGCCUGGCACACGCCCGCCAGCCCCGAGAGGGAUGCAUGGCCAAGGUGUCGUACACGCUGUACCUCACACACACGCACAGCCCCCGGCAGCCCCCUCACACUGCUGCCGGCCCCGAGCCCGCCGGGCCCAUCGCCUACACCACGGCCGCCGCUGGCGGGGCUGGCGGAAACAGCGGCGCCGCUUCUGCCGUCAAGACGAGGGCGGCGGCGGCGGCGGCUGCAGCCGCAGGUGUCGCUGACGUGGCCUCCGCCGGCGCCCUAGACGAGCAGCAGCAGCAGCAAGAUGUGGUAAUGGGCGGAGCCGCGGCAGGUGGCGGCGGCGUCAGUGGUGCGCCGUCGGGCUCGGGGUCGCCGUGUGGCUCGCCGGGCGGCGGCAGCAGUCGCUGUGUGGUGCUGGAGCAGCACGCCAGUCUGAGCCUGUGUGUGGGCGCCGGCGGCCGGGGCGCGGUGCCGCCGCAGCUGGAUGCGGCUCUGAGGCGGCUGCGAGUGGGCGGCCGAGCCCGCUUCAGGCUGCCGGUUUAUCUGGACGGAGUGAACCCCUUCACCCAGGGGCAGGGGCAAGGGCGCACGUGGCCGCCCGCCGCGGCGGCAGCAGCAGCGGGUGCCGGCAGCUGUGUGGAGGCGGUGUGCGAGAUGCGGCUGCUACACUGCUCGCUGCCUGUGGUGGAGGGCCGCGGGCACGUGGCGGGCAGUGGCGGUGGCCCGGCGCUCUUCAGUCCGCCGCUGGGCGCACAACGCAUGCAGGCGGUGGCGGCGGCUUUGCGGCGCGAGGGCGCGGCCAGCCUUCUCGACCUAGGCUGCGGUGACGCCAAGCUGAUUGAGGGGCUGCUGCUGGGCCGGCACGGCGCCGACGCCGGCGGGCCGCUGCACCGCUGUGUGGGGGUGGACAUCAGCGGCCGCGUCCUGGCGGACGGCGGGCGGCGGCUGGGGCGGCUGACGGCGGCGGCGGCGGAGCUGGAGUCACUGCCGGUGAACGGCGAGGAGUCUGUGCCGGUGCCGGUAGAGGUCAGCCUCUACCGCGGCAGCGCCAUGACACCACUGCUGGCCGCCGCGGGGGCGCCAGGCGGCGACGGCAGCGGCGGCAGUGCCCAGCCGGCGGAGCUGCUGCCGCCGGGGCUGCGCGGCUGCGACGCUGCCGCUAUGGUGGAGGUGGUUGAGCACCUGGACCCGCAGCCGCUGGCGCUGGUGGGCCCGUGUGUGCUGGGCGGGCUGCGGCCGCGGCUGCUGCUGAUCACCACACCCAACUGGGAGUACAACGCAGUGCUGCGGGCCGCGGAGCGGUUGGCAGCGCAACGCGCGGCGGCGCCGAAGGCGGCGCCGCCAACCGCCGGUAACGGGGGCCGCGGAGGCAGUGGCGCUGGCCGCAGUCUGGCGGCGCUGCCGCCUGGUAGCGAGUGGCCGGGACCUCCGGGCAGGGACGGGCUGCCGCUGCGGUGCGCGGACCACCGCUUUGAGUGGACGCGGGCCGAGUUCCGCAGCUGGGCCCGAGGGCUGGCGGCGGAGUGGGGCUACGACGUCAGCUUCGAGGACAUCGGCACCGCCACUGACGAGCAGGAGGCCAUGCAGCUGAUCAUGGAGGUGGAGGUGGAGGCGCAUGCGGAGGCGGAGGCGGAGGCGGAGGCGCAGGCGCAGGCGGAGGCGGAGGCGGAGGCGGAGGCAGAGGCAGAGGCGGAGGCUGGCGGUAGCGGCGGAGGAGACGGAGGAGACGGAGGUGCAGGCGGCGAGGGGGACGUGCUGGUGCUGCCUGGCUCAGCCCCGGGCGGGGCCACCCAAAUGGCGGUGUUCCGCCUCCAGCAGUCUGGUGCGGAGGACGGAGGCGCGGCGGCAGCGGGGGGCCUGGCAGGGCCUGCCGUGGGCAGCACCGCGCUGGGCCGCGGCGGCGGCGGUGUGGUGCAGGGCGGCGCGGCGGCGGCAGACGCCGUUGCCGCCGUCAUUGCAGCCGCAGUCGGUGGGACGUCAGGCAGGGAUGACGGCGGGGGAUGCGGCAGCGGGGCGGGCUGGGAGCUGGUGUGGGGGCCAGCCAAGGUGGCGGCGCCGAGGGAGGAGCUUGACGAAGCGGAGGCAGCGGUGGAGGCGGGUGCUGGCGCAGGGGUACGCGGCGCCGCUCCAAAAGGCGGCAUGGCAGGCGGUGGUGGCAGCGGGCGGCAGGGCCAGGCGCUGGGCAAGCAUCGCAGCAGCAGCAACGCCGCCGACGGCGCCGCUCGCGCGGAGCUGGAGGGGCGGGAGGCGCCGCUCGGUGCGCGGCAGGAGAGCGCGGGCGGCGCAGGCGGCGUGGGUGCCAACAAGCGGCAGCACCUGGACCCGCACACGCACGGCGUGGAGGCGGGCAUGGCAGCGGAGCCCCAGGGCGGCCGCGGCAGUGAUGGCGGGGAGGUGCCGGCGCCCGGCUCGCAGGCGGGCGCUGAUGUUGACGAGUUCUAAGAGGCCAGCUACUGCUCGCGCCUUGAUUGUCCUGCGUGUGGAGAGACGUGCGCGCCUCACAGUUCCGCUGCUUGCAGCAAGGUGUGCGGAGCAUCAUGUGUGACACUGUUGACACCGAGUAUCGACCGUUGCUGCUGUCGUGUCAUGACACAGUCUUGGUAGUCUGCCGAAACCUCCCAGGGCCCCGCCGGGGGAAACGUGCAGUGUGUUCCGGAGUGUCCCUGUGUGAUAGGAGUCAUCUCUGCCGUCCCUAACUCGCUUCCAA